GCUCGGCGCGGGGGGAGGGGGCGCUGACCCGGAUGUUCACUCUCGGGCACCCGGGGAAGUGGAAGCGCCGGGCCCUGCAGCGGGGGGGAGAGCCACAGACGCCGGGACCGGGAGCGCCGCCGCCGCCGCCGCCGCCGCCAUGAGUGAUCAGCAGCUGGACUGUGCCUUGGACUUGAUGAGGCGUCUGCCUCCACAGCAAAUCGAGAAAAACCUCAGUGACCUGAUCGAUCUGGUGCCCAGCCUGUGUGAAGACCUCCUGUCCUCGGUUGACCAGCCACUGAAAAUCGCCAGAGACAAGGUGGUGGGGAAGGACUACCUCUUGUGCGACUACAACAGGGACGGGGACUCCUACAGGUCACCAUGGAGUAACAAGUAUGACCCUCCCCUGGAAGACGGGGCCAUGCCUUCUGCUCGCCUGAGGAAGCUGGAGGUGGAAGCCAACAACGCCUUUGACCAGUACCGAGACCUGUGAGUUAAGGGGCUCCCCUGAUACGUAGGUCGGAGAGGAGACACGACCGGCCCCCCGGCGGGCCUGACCAGGGGCAGCUCUGAGCGCCCUGCAGGACGCUGGGCGGGAGUGUGGUCCCCGGGCCCGUCCUGAGAGGCGGCUGGCGUGUCCGGGCGCCGCCCUGCGUCGUGAGCACCGCCCGCAUGCAGGACUCCAGGCCCGAUGCCCCGUACCCGUCGUCUCAGAUCUUCCCCAGCG